CAGCACUCCUGAAAAAAAAAACAAGCAGAGAGAGAGCGUCAGCCAGAGUACAAAGGCUGUGUCGGUCGACUAUUUAUAAAUCCAUACAAACGGUCAACAAGUCACCCCAGGCUGUUGUUGACCAUCUCGGUUUCUCCUGUUGACCAUCAAAUAAAUAGACUCAACUGUCUACUUUGACUUCCUCACUCUUGACCGCUCAAGCUCUCCUCUAUCCUUCACAAGCAUGGCUGCCCACAAAACCACAAACGACAUCCCCGUCUCCUCCUCCCAUCAUAUCAACCCCGAAUCUGGCACUGGAACUUCAUCAACCCAAGCAUUCCCCAUUCCCAACAUAAAGAAUAAUCCGCAUGUCUAUAUGGCGGUCUACUCGUCAGUUCCGGUAUAUGAAAUGAUGGUCCGGGGGAUCGGCGUGAUGCGAAGACGCUCAGAUUCUUACAUGAAUGCCACCCAGAUCCUCAAAGUAGCCGGCUUAGAUAAAUCUAAACGGACCAGGAUAUUGGAAAGAGAAAUCAUUCAAGGAGAGCAUGAAAAAAUUCAAGGAGGCUAUGGAAGAUAUCAGGGAACCUGGGUACCAUUUACACGCGCACAAGAAUUAGCCACUCAACUAAACGUAGCUCAACUGCUAGCUCCCCUCUUUGACUAUCGUCCUGAGCCAAACUCUGAAGUUAACAUCCGAUCCACCAACACUAAGCCAUCCUCCAGUGCAUCACGUGCUAAUUCUCACAAGACCACUCUGGCGCGGCAGACUAGUCGGCAAAGCUUGAACGAGAAACGUGAGCGUUCUGGCGAUACAACUCCCCUCCCCCACGACCCGCCCGAAGCUGGCCCAAGCAAACGUAGCAGGUUAAAUACGCCCUCUCGACAAUCGAAUGGUAGUGCCAACACUCCUUCAUCACUUAUCGACCACUCUCAUUCAGCCAUGGAUCCCGACUUCAUUAUCCCUCACAGCCAAUCUCAACCCACAGCUGCUUCGCAAUGCACCACCUCAACAUUUGCACCCAUCCACGGAGCUACUGUCGAAUACCCGGCUGGACCUUCGCAUCUCCGAAAAUCCAAUUCCUCUUCCAGAUCUCACUUGGAAGUUGCUUUAAAAGCUGAACGGAAUAUACACACCUUGAUGGCACUCUUUUCCAACCCACCUGAUGGCGAUGAACUAGAAUCUGAGACUCAUCAUGAAAAUCCUAAUUCAGUAGCUGAAGUCAAUGAAGUCCUUGAAGAUCCUGAACUGGAAAUUGACACGCCAAUAGAUGAACAUUGUCACACAGCCCUUCAUUGGGCUUCUUCUUUGGCGCGACUUGGCCUCGUCCGUGCCUUCCUCCGCUCCGGUGCUGAUGUGAAUCGCGGUAAUGACGUCGGGGAAACACCACUUAUGCGCUCAACGUUGGUGACUAAUAACUUUGAAAGAGAGUCCUUCAACCAACUUCUUGAGCUACUGCACCCAUCCCUAUGGACUCUUGACAACCAAGAUCGAACGGUCCUGCAUCAUAUAUGCUUGACAGCUAGCAUCAAAGGACGCGGCGAGAGUAGUCGCUACUAUCUAGAAUGUAUUUGUGAAUGGAUUGUCAACAAACAUGGCGCACAGUUUGAUAGUCAGCUAUUUGAUGCCGUUGAUCUGAAUGGAGAUACAGCGUUGAAUAUUGCCGCCAGAGUCGGGAAUAAACAUCUAGUGCGUAUGCUUCUGGAUGUUGGGGCGGAUAUGACAAUAGGGAAUAAUUUGGGGCUCAAGCCAAUUGAUUUCGGAGUUGGGGCAGGUGAGACCAGCGCGUCAUAUACUGAUGAUAUGAUUUCAGCCCCUUUACGAAGGAAUCCGACGGCGUCUGCGCCCGCUCGUUCGUCGCGUGAUAUCAUCACAUCGAUAACAUCAUCGGUCAACUCACUUUCAGAAGAUUUUGAAAAUGAAAUACGAAGUAAAACAGAUAGGCUGGAGUCUGUCAGGGCACAAUUGAUGGUGGCUACGCGUCAGCUAACGACACAGAGGCGACAGCUCGAAUCACUCAAGCAUGAUCUUGACGAGAGAGCUCUACUCGAGCUGAGACUGAAAAAACUUCGCAUGGCCAUUGCAGAGGAAGAUGGGUUUGAUUGGACUGGUCGCUCGGAUCUCGAUGGUCGACCAGCUCAAGCGGGUAAAUUAUUUGAACAAAACGGGAUCGCCAGCACGCUUGCCGGUCUUUCAGCAUCGCAAAUCCAACUAGAACUUGAACCUGAUCCCUUCAUCCCGCCAGAGAACAAUCAAGACAGUUUAGUAUACCUACGCAGACUGGAGAAAUGGUAUGUCCGCGUACUCAGUCUACUCCGAGAACGAAUUGGGAGAAUGAAAGGCAGCAAUCUCGAGCAAGAGGCUAAAUACCUGAAAGUGAUCGGAUCGUUUAUUGGGAAUACAUGUACAAAUGAUUUGAGCUCUUCAGGGUCAAGCAUGACCGGCAGACCGGCCAACCAAACCACUUCAACUACCCAGGAGGUUCCCUCAAGGGCCACUCAAAACGUCAAUCCCGCCGACAUUCAUGAUCUAGAAUCCAUGGAUGGUCAUCGGCGAAAAGUCUCCACAACAGACGCGGUCAACAAGAGUCAUGAAUUUGGUAGAACUCGGUCCGAACUCCUCAAGGCCUCGAUGAUUGACAAUAAACUCUUGAAGCAAUUGAUGGCCGCUAUCGAAUCUGAUGGGCCCGAGUUGGAUCUCAAUCGGGUCGCUGGAUUCAUGCAACGCGUCCAAUCUGGAUCCUUAUGACAAGCCCCGAUCAUCCCAGAUUAACUAUCAAUGGUUAUUCAGAUCCUCUCCAUAAAUAACUCACUUCCUUUCCUGUUUCCGUUCUUGAAAUUUUAUAUAACAAACUGGCCAUCUUGAUUAUUCGAUUUGUUGAAGUAAAUAAAUUAUCCUCAAUUUACCUAACAGAAAAAUACAUAUAUAUGCUCGUAUUACUCACAUCCACAUCGUUACCCGACUCGAAUCUGAAUCCUCAUUGCAUAAAUUCUUGUUUCUGUUUAUCUUUCCAUUUUAUCUUAUUUUAUUUUUUUUGGUGAUUCCUCUUGUUUAUACCGCAAUUCAUAUUACAUAGCUACAUAGCAAUCAACGCAACCAGUAUCAUACAUAUCACAAAGGUCAACUUCUAAUCAUUCAAAACAUGUACAUACUACAUACAUACACAUAUCUAGUAAUGUACACUCUGAGAUUUUGAGCUGCU